GAACACCCUUGAUUCUUUGGCUGCUCGCUGAGUCGUUCCAAGCUCCCGCUGAGUCGUCCCAAGCUCUCGUUGCAUCGUUGCAUCGUUCCAAGUUCCACGCCCCCGCGUCGCCCAUUCGUUCCUGUGUCUCCUUGCCGCCUCCCUGAUCCCAAGUCCCGCCAAUGACCGACGCUCCCUCGCAGACUCUUGACCACCCCGGCAACACGCUCCAGGCUGCUGCUGAUCGUGGUGACCUCAACGCCUGCUUCCAGAUGGGCUGGAACUCUCUGAUUGGCGAAGGGGUCAUCCAGAGCGAUGCCGCCGCGGUCGAUUACUGGAAACAAGUCCACGAAGGCUCUGCCGACCCAGUCGAGCAGCCGAUUGCCACGCUCAUGCUCGGCUGGCUGCAUUACCUCGGCCGUGGAACGCAGCAAGACAAGACCAAGGGCGUCGAGCUCGUCCGACGGAGCAAGACCGAGCUGAUUCCUCUUGGCGAAGACGAGUGCUUCAUGGGCCGCAGCAUGCCCGCUUCCGACUCUGCCGCAGCCCGCCGGUUCUUUGAGCUCUGCCGGCUCGGCUCCGAGCGCGAGUGGCUCUGCAAGCAUCUGGUGGCCAUUUGCCAUGUCAGCGGCUUUGGCACCACCAAGGACCAGGAAGCCUAUGUCGACCUGUUCGAGGAGCUUGCCGCAAGCGGACACAGCGACAGUCAAGUGUGGCUGGGCAAGUACUACAGCCAGGACUGGAGGUCGCUGGGCGACACCUCCAGAGCCUUCCAGCUGUGGAGCAACGCCGCCGACCAAGAUAACUCGUAUGGGCAGUACCUCCUCGGCUGGUGCUAUCUCGGCGGACAUGGCGUUGCCCGCAACUACCAGAAGGCAGUCGAGUGGUAUCGCAAGUCUGCCGAGCAGGGCAACCAGCACGGACAGUCGUGGCUCGGCGACUGCUACGAAGAGGGCCGCAAGGGCAUUGCCAAGGACAUUGAGGCUGCCCUGUACUGGUUCCGCUUGGCCGCCAGCCAAGGCAACGAGUAUGCGCAGGACAAGCUCGAGGAGCUCACUCAGUGAGCCCCGGUUGGCUGCAGGCGGAUGAAGCUUGCUCGAUCUCAAGCCAGGGUUGUCCUCUUUGAUGGCCGGGACAUUGCCGGCUAUGGCGAGCCAGGAAACUGAUCCUUCUGUAACCAUUGAUUCAACGUUAAAAUACAGAUAGAAUCCCUGCA